CAAUUGGAACAUCACUCAAUAUUCCACUUAUCUUUAACCAAGUACACCAUGGGCUCUAAGUGGGCGGUUCUUUUGCUGCCCCUUCUCUCAUCUGGUAUAGAGAUCGUCCCUCGGCAUGAUGGCAAAGACCACAAUGGCCAACACAACGACAACGACAGUGGUACAGGCCGCGGCCACUCAAUGGCUCACGGCCAAUUUAACUUCACGCCCUCCGACAUCCCCUGGCCGACCUGUGCGAGGACCUGUUGCAACGCCAACUUCGAUCAGUUCCCCAAGCCUGUGAACCAUCCCCUAUGCAUCAGUCAGCCCUUCUACGACAACGUCACUACCUGCGUCGCUUCCAACUGCACUGAGUACGAACAGGGUGUCUAUGCCGUCGCUGCCGAGAUCGAGUGCCCCAAGGACGAGGGUUACGAGGUAGAUAUUGAUAAGGAUGCCGUGAUGGCUGAUCUGAAAGACGCGGGAGGAACUCCACAGUCUUGCGAGGGUAUCAACAACGAGACCAUUCAGUGCCAGAAUGACACAGCAGAGAAUUCUGGAGUGAAGAUAGUUGGAGAAGUCAGAUUCAUGUUUUCGACUGCCACUGUUGCUAGCCUUGUUGCCUUGAUGGCUUUCAGCCUUUGAAUGAAGACUUUCUGGUUGUUAGAAAACCCAGGGAUUACCAUAUUAUACAGGCCAGGAUGACAAACCUCUAUAAAUACGUAUUAUUUUGACUGUAAAUUCAAACUUACAUAUAAUAUUCUUAAGCAUAAAUUCUCUUGUUAUUAGUAAUAUUAGUUUUAAGCAAAA